GACAUCCGGAGCUUCCAUUGAUUUGCAGUGUGCCCAAUUAUGAUGCCUGAGGUGUCGGUGAAGUCAUAACACUCAACAUUGAGCAUACUGUACAUGAUACAAUCGUUUAAUUAAUACAAUAAUUGAAUGAAUGCAUGUUGUCUUCAUAAUGCAUCAAUAUGAUUGAUAAGAUCAAUACUCUCUCUGACAAUAAACGCACAACAUGGAUAAUGCAAGCAAGGAACGGAGGAAGGUCCUCCGUGGCUCCGUCAGCUGCUCACGGAUCCCAGUCAUCCUGUUGGAGCUCAGUUUCAGACCUCGGAGUGAAACCCGAUCUCUCUGGAUUAAGAGACAUAGUAUUCCGUACUAACAACGGCGUACUAUCUUCACAUAUCCUAUGGCACCACUCACCACUCGCCACUGUCCACAAACAAGACCAAAAUCUCCGAGUCCGUGCAUCCAGAUCCGGGACAAGACCACCAGAUGGUCACUGCUCCCGGCUUGCGCAACAUGGCAUCAACAUCCAUGGACUCCAGACAGGGGAAAAGACCGGAUUAUUGGGUCUUGCCGUGCGCAUCCGCCGCCAUUGUGCUGCUCGAUUGGCCUGUUGGGAUCUUCUGCAACGGACCACUGCAUUACCACUCUGACUAGUCGUUAAUAGUAGGUAGCUUGCAGAGCUGGGUGUCCUGCUGCUGCUGUACUAUCCUCGCUUCGGAUCGUCGGCUAACUAACUGUUUUGUUUUGUUUUGUUGCUAGGUAUUUGUAUUUUGUAUCAUACUGAUACGUCACUUGGAUUCAUGUCCUUUUAUCAUCAGAUUCAGGCGGUUGGUCUGACAGCCAAGGACCGAACCGUUCCUGAUACUAGCCUUGAGACAUCUUGUUGCU